AUGGCUUGCAGAACGGUAUUUAGUCUCACCACCAACAUCGGCCGCCAUGAACUACUUAAUAUAUGCUAUAAGCCCGUUAUAUUUCUUUCAAUGUCCAGCAUUCUCAGUUUCGGCAUGCCGUCGUCAAAAAAAGAAAAGCAUUACGCUAAUAGUCGAGCCCGAAGACAUUCGGGUGACGUUGUUAUUUCUCAAAGCAAGAAAUCCAAGAAAGAGGAGAAGAAGGAAAAAGAUGCAGACACUGAAUCAAUAUCAUCCUCCACGGCCUCGUCCGCCGCCGAUACCGUCGUGGUCCCACCUCCUCCCGAGCCGAAGAAAUGCCCACUUCGGUUCAUCAUGGCCGGCAUGUUGCAAACCGAGCAGGAAAGCGAUGGCAAGAAACUAGGCGGUUGCCCUCUACGAAGAGUUCAGCUCUGGCAUACAAUUCCACUUUGUCUCCUGGCGGCUGUCAAUCUACUUCUCAUCAUCUUUGCGCUUCUAGGAUUAGCUGGAUAUAGGAUUGGGGCCGGAAUAUGCGGAUGGGUAACUGAGAUGCAGUCCAAAUCAGCCUCGAAACCCCCUGCUGCCCAGAGCCUGAUUGACAUAGAUGAUGUCUCGGAAGUGGUGGGCGAGAAUACCGAGAAGAAAUGA